CGUGAUGCCAGAGGCCCCGCCUCGCGCGCCCCGCCCCGCCUCCACGAGUGCGGCCUCAGCGUGCGGCGGCGCCAGCUGACAGCCGCGGUGCUGAGGUUGGGAGCGGUGGUCAGGAUGGCGGAGGAGCAGGAGUUCGCCCAGCUCUGCAAGUUGCCGGCACAGCCCUCCCACCCGCACUGUGUCAGCAACACCUACCGGAGCGCACAGCACUCUCAGGCGCUGCUCCGGGGGCUGCUGGCUCUGCGGAACAGCGGCAUCCUCUUUGACGUGGUCCUGGUGGUGGAGGGGAGGCACAUCGAGGCCCAUCGCAUCCUACUGGCUGCGUCCUGCGAUUACUUCAGAGGCAUGUUUGCUGGGGGGCUGAAGGAGAUGGAGCAGGAAGAAGUCCUGAUCCACGGCGUGUCCUACAACGCCAUGUGCCAAAUCCUGCAUUUCAUUUACACAUCCGAGCUGGAACUCAGCCUGAGCAACGUCCAGGAGACGCUGGUCGCCGCCUGCCAGCUUCAGAUCCCCGAGAUCAUCCACUUUUGCUGUGACUUCCUCACGCCCUGGGUGGAUGAGGACAACAUCCUUGACGUCUACCGGCUGGCCGAGCUCUUUGACCUGAGCCGCCUGACCGAGCAGCUGGACGCCUACAUCCUCAAGAACUUUGUGGCCUUCUCGCGGACUGACAAGUACCGCCAGCUGCCCCUGGAGAAGGUCUAUGCCCUCCUGAGCAGCAACCGCCUGGAGGUGUCCUGCGAGACGGAGGUGUAUGAGGGCGCCCUGCUCUACCACUACCCUCCAGAGCAGGUGCAGGCUGACCGGCUGCCGCUGCAUGAGCCGCCCAAGCUCCUGGAGACCGUGCGCUUCCCCCUCAUGGAAGCCGAGGUCCUGCAGCGGCUGCACGACAAGCUGGACCCCAGCCCCCUAAGGGACACGGUGGCUGAAGCCCUCAUGUACCACCGGAACGAGAGCCUGCAGCCCAGCCUGCAGGGCCCACAAACCGAGCUGCGCUCAGACUUCCAGUGCGUCGUGGGCUUCGGGGGCAUCCACUCCACGCCGUCCACUGUCCUCAGCGACCAGGCCAAGUACCUGAACCCGCUGCUGGGGGAGUGGAAGCACUUCACUGCCUCCCUGGCGCCCCGCAUGUCCAACCAGGGCAUCGCCGUGCUCAACAACUUCGUGUACCUGAUUGGAGGGGACAACAAUGUCCAGGGCUUCCGCGCUGAGUCCCGCUGCUGGAGGUACGACCCGAGGCACAACCGAUGGUUCCAGAUUCAGUCGCUACAGCAGGAGCACGCCGACCUGUGCGUGUGCGUCGUGGGCAAGUACAUCUACGCAGUGGCCGGCCGCGACUACCACAAUGACCUGACCACUGUGGAGCGCUACGACCCUGCCACCAACUCCUGGGCCUACGUGGCCCCGCUCAAGAGGGAGGUGUAUGCCCACGCGGGUGCCACACUGGAUGGGAAGAUGUACAUCACGUGCGGCCGCCGGGGGGAGGACUACCUGAAGGAGACCCACUGCUACGACCCGGGCAGCGACACCUGGCACACGCUGGCUGAUGGGCCGGUGCGGCGGGCCUGGCAUGGCAUGGCCACCCUCCUGGACAAGCUGUACGUGGUCGGGGGCAGCAACAACGACGCAGGCUACAGGAGGGACGUGCACCAGGUGGCCUGCUACAGCUGCAAGUCCGGGCAGUGGUCAUCCGUCUGCCCACUCCCAGCAGGGCACGGUGAGCCCGGCAUCGCCGUGCUAGACAACAGGAUCUACGUGCUGGGUGGCCGCUCACACAAUCGGGGCAGCCGCACUGGCUAUGUGCACAUCUAUGACGUGGAGAAGGACUGCUGGGAGGAGGGCCCGCAGCUGGACAACUCCAUCUCGGGCCUGGCGGCCUGCGUGCUCACCCUGCCGCGGUCCCUGCUCCUUGAGCCGCCCCGUGGGACGCCUGACCGCAGCCAGGCCGACCCGGACUUCGCCUCUGAGGUAUUUUUGGGGCCCUGCAGACCUGUGGCUGUGGAUCACCCCACAGUGGGAAACCUUCGGGAAGGGCUCAGUCCCCUGAAGUUCACCGGGCUCUCUCAGCGGGGAUGGGCUGUGCCGCCACCAGCUGUCCUGGCCUCCCUGCUCCCUGGUUCUGGUCCCUACUGGGCCGAGAGGGUGCCCUUCUCCCAAGGGACCUGGAGACUGGCCCCUGGUGAGGGGGCCAGGGCACAUCUUGUCCCUCUCGUUGGCAGAGAGGGGGCGGGCUGAGCCCAUCGCCUGCCUAGCAGCUCCUGGGGCUGGAGGGGGAGAGAGAUCCAUCAGGUUGCCUGAGGCUGAUUCUGUGAUAAAAUGAUGCCCUGUAGCUGGGCUUUUCAGCCCCCAUGUUGUUGAUAAAUGAAAUAAAUCAUCUUACACGA